AUGGAGAAGCAGGUGUUCGGCGAGUGGGCCCAGGUGGAGGUGGUAGAGCUGGUGAACGACGGGUCUGGGCUGGCGUUUGGCAUCGUUGGGGGCCGCUCCUCAGGCGUCGUCGUGAAGAGCGUGCUGCCGGGCGGCGUGGCUGACAGAGAUGGGCGUCUUCGUAGCGGGGACAUGCUACUGCGAAUCGGCGCAGUGUCUGUGGUGGGAAUGUGUGCGCGGCAGGCUGCAGCCGUCUUGCGACAGUGCGGCGCCUGUGUGCGUUUACUGGUCGCCAGGCCUGCACAUAGCGUGCAAACGUCUCUUGGGGCAUCCCAAGCCCCAAUUGUGCCGUCCCGCCUACUCACGGACCCCAUUGAGUUGGAGAGGAGUUUAUCGGAGGCUGGUCAUGAUGGGUUUGGAGCACUCUGCGAGGAAAGCAGUCCACCGACGCCACCACCUACCAUUAUUGAGGAAACAUACCAUCACAGACCGGUAGCAUCUAUAGUAGCAGUGGUACCACGUGAAGCCUUAGGUCCAUCACCGCGCCCCCCACCACUCAUCACUGUACCCCCUCCGAGACUACCACCACCAAUUAGGUUACCCCUAGAUAUGGCUGUCAGAGGUUGCGAACCAGAAACAUUGAGCUACGAAGUGGAAUUGAACAAGGAUUCCGCCCUCGGUCUGGGAAUCACAGUGGCAGGAUACGUCUGUGAACAAGAGGAGCUGAGUGGUAUUUUCGUGAAGAGCAUCAGUGCCGGCAGCGCUGCGGACCUCUGUGGAAAGAUUCGAGUUAAUGAUAGGAUUGUUGAGGUGGAUGGAGUGUCGUUGCAUGGCGUUACGAAUCACCGCGCCGUCGCUUUGUUGCGAGACGCCAAAGGCCCCAACGUUAAAUUGAAGGCCUUGAGGUAUCUUCGUGGAGCGGGGUUUGAGAGGCUCCAGAAAGCGUUAGCUGCACAAGACGGCAGACGGUCUCCCAUACCUCCCCCUAGUCCGUCGGUUACAUCCCUUGCCAAAUAUAGUUUUAGUGUGUACGACGAAUCAACGGUGAUAGAAGUGGAACCAGAGUCUGAUAUACAACCACAUCUCCCUUCGCCAACCUCUCCUUCGGAGGAAGCGGAAAUAGUGAUAGGAAGAGACGACGAUAUAUCUGAAAGAGAGAUUAGGAGGAUACAGGACAAGUGGCGGGAUGUGCUGAAGGAUGAACCUGACUGGCCUGGUAAUCAGUACCAGUAUGACGUUAUUGUUGGUUCAAUAAUAAAAGGAAAGGAUAGUGGCCUAGGUAUUUCCCUGGAGGGUACAGUUCGAGUGGUAGGAGGCAAGGAAGUCCAGGCGAGGCAUUACAUUAGGGCGAUAGCUCCCAACGGGCCUGUCGCUAAAUUAGGGAUUUAUCAAGUUGGAGACGAAUUGUUGGAGGUAAACGGCUGGCGUGUACUAGGAGCACAUCACGUAGAGGUGGUUACGAGAUUAAGGGCUGUGACGUCACCCGUAUUACUUGUCAUUGUGCGUAAACGUAGCGAACAAGCUAAUGGAAUUGAAACUAGUUUAGCAAGGAGUGGAGUCCUAGGAGGCAGUCUUCAAGACCUGCUCGCUCCACCUCAAAGACUGAUAAAGGCCAAAUCAGAAAGUUCAGUUGCGUCUUUAUGCAGCGCGGCGACCGUGUUAUCAGCUGGUCAUGAUCAUGAUGAGUUUUGUUCGGACGAAUUGGAACGGAACAGGUCUCGUUCGCUGGAGCCCCUGAGCUGGUUAGCAAUGUGGAGUGAUCACAUUGACUAUAUACAACUGUAUAAGGAAGACCGGGGUCUCGGUUUCUCCAUACUCGACUACUUGGAUCCUUCAGAACCUAGUAGUUCGGUUAUAGUGGUCCGGUCUGUAGUGAGUGGUGGGGCAGCUGCGCUGGACGGCAGACUCUCACCCGGAGACAGGCUGAUCUCUGUCAAUGGCCAGGAUAUAUCCCGGGCGCCAUUGGCGGUUGCCGUGGCAGCCAUUAAAAGCGCGCCUAAAGGACUCGUAACAAUAGGGGUAUCGAAGCCUCUACCCUGUAGCACAGUAGUCGGUGGCGACAAAGCGAAUGGGUCUAGCUUUCAAAAUAGCCAGGAGUGCAUCAAUUCUUUAGCAUCCGAUGACCAUACUGGAAUGGAUUCCUUCCACGAAUGUUUGCAGGAAUAUGGCGAAGGGCUAGAAGUAGUACAAAUAUGUUUAGAACCAGAAGAAACUUCGAUCAAAGAUGAAGAAUUGUCUGCCUUAGUUGAUUUAAGUACGGAUUCUAAUAAUAAAGAAAUCAUAAAUGAUAGGCUUAUAAUUUCUAUUGAAAAUAAGGAAAGCAAAGAAAAAGUUAACGGGAUUGUUGAGUUGAAAACAUCCAAAUCAGAUGAAUCUUUAGAUGACCCUGAUGAUAUGACUAUUAUUGAAGACGAAGUAGUUACUGCCCCCAGAGAGCUUAAUAUUCGUAGUAAAUCCGCUGAUAGAAACGAAAUUAAUGGGGAGAAAAUGCUACUUAAACAGCAAAGUAAAGAUAUAUCAACAUCUGAUGAAAUGGUUUUUGCUGUUACACCAACGGGCUUGGAAAGAAUAAGCUACGAAAAAUAUUGGAGUGAGUGUGAUAAAGAAAAAAAUAACGACGAAAGCUGGAAAGAAUGCCUUAAUUCCCCUAAUGAUGAUACUUUGAGUUUUAACGAUACAAAAAUCUCCGUCCAGGAAGAUCGUAAUUCAUUGCUAUACAUCGAUCAUGAAAUCGACGGUUAUGAGACAUGUCUUGACGAUGAUUCAACGUCUAUAAAGUGUUUCACAAAAAACGGCCAUAAAAUAAACGGAGAUCGCGAGAUCAAAGAGUGUGAUAAACAAAUUCAAAUGGCUAUUAGCAAAGACAACGAUACCUGUGCUAUGAGUAAUGACGAUCAUUUCGAAACAAACAGCAAAGAGGAUGUGUCGUCUUAUCCAUAUGUGGAAGAACAUAUCAUAAAACAAAUGCAAUCAUUACGAAUAGAACCUCUUAACGUUAAUAUAUGCCAGAGAAAAAAGAAGAAGAGCCCUACAAAGCCGUCCAAGAAUGAGCGUCGAUGUAUUGAGUAUUACAACGAUCAGGAUGAAUGUUUGAAAGAAAUAAAGAGAAAGAAGCGGGAGGAAGAAGAGAGAAAAUCACAGAAAAAGCAAACGUCUUUAUUAGAGAAAAAUAAAGGAAUUUUGGAAAAGAAGCUGAAAUUAAAGAAACAAGAACCAAGCGAGGAAUCGACAGAUGUAGAAACGUAUGUGCCUGGAUGCCAUAAGUGCUUCUUGGAAAGUUAUGCGUAUGCUAUAACAAAAGCGUAUAUUGAAGAGGCAAGCGCUUGUAAAUAUUGUGAGGUUAUUAGAGAUAUGGGGGAAUCUCCUAAAGUAAUGUAUAGACGGAUGUCUGCUCCGGGUUUGCUAAACAUAGAUAGUCCAGGAUCUGAUUCAGACACUAAUGGACUGUUGAUGGUACCUGGUGAACGAGGAAGGCGGAAAUCAGCUGGGCCUUUUAAAUUUCUAGUGCCUUCUCGAAGACCUAGCUUUGUACCAAAUAUGACGGUGACAGUGUCACCUGAGCGUCGCGACGGCGCGUCCGCGCAACGCUGGGGCCCCCCACGACGGGUAACCUUGAAGAGGGGUCCUGGGGCCCCACUUGGGGUCAGCAUUGUUGGAGGAAAGGUUGACAUAAUAUCGGGGCGCGAUGAUGCAAACGGAAAUGAUAAGGGAAUAUUCGGCAUCUUCAUCAAAAAUGUCGUCCCAGGAAGCCCGGCUGGAAAGUGUGGCGAAUUGAAAGCUGGUGAUAGAAUAUUAGAAGUGGAUGGAGUCUGUGUUAGAACAGCACAGCAUGAGCGAGCCGUGCAACUGAUCAAGGCAGCUGGCUCCACCGUCACCCUGACUGUCCAGAGUUUGAUGACAUGGAAUACAUCUUCCUCGGACACUUCUCCGCCUGCAGUGGCACCCAGGCCGUCGAUGAAAAAGCGGCCAGCACCGCCUGCACCGCAGCAACACCACGAUAUCAAGAUAACAGUAACAUCGGAUUCGGAUACGCCAAAGCAGAAUGGAGAUGUGACAAAAGAAGAUGAGGAAGAAGAGAAAGAAACAGAGGAUAAACCAAAGACCGUUUAUUCGGACUCAGAAGAGAGUAGUGAUGAAGAAGACGCGAGAGAACUACAGGGAAGGACAUAUUCCGAUAAAGGAGUUGAGAUUGAUCGUGCCUCAGCCGGUGCCAUAAAACGUAGCAAAGAAGAAAGGGAAGCAGAUAAAGAAGAAGAAGAUGACUUCGGUUAUACGUCAAGUAAGUGGAAAGAUAUGUUAUUCACUCUUUUUAACUUUUCCUUUUAUAUACUACACGUAUACAUAUACGCAUGUGUUGUGGAGCAUAAUGAUCUCGAGAAAAAACAUAAUGUAUAA